AUUCGUUUCCCUAAAUGAUAUAACACUGUUCCGAUUAGAUUCGUUUAAAGAAUCGGGAACUUUUUUGUGAAACGAUAUAGUGUUUUUAUAUUAUUGUCUGCGUUCGAUACAAUGAAUUCACAAAUGCAAAUCAUUCUGAACGCACACAACCAUCCGACCGAAAAACAAGGUCGAACUAUAGCUAUGAAUAUUGGAAAUAUGAGCAGCAGUAAAAUGUCUGAACGGAAAUUUAGCGUCUAUGAAAAUAAUCAUCGAGCCGAUAAAGAUAGUGAUCCAAUUGAAUUAAGUAUUGCUUUGGAACAAGUAUUUGAUAAAGGUGCUUUUGGUCAUGUUCGUACUGCUUUCAUAAAAGGUGAAAAAGUAGCCAUAAAACAUGUUCUACAAGAUAAACGUUACCGUAAUCGUGAAUUACCAUUGAUGAAACAGCUUAAUCAUCGAAACAUAGUUACACUGCUAUAUUAUUUUUAUCAUACUGAAUAUGAUCAUCUUAAGAAUUCGAAUAUAUUUUUGAAUCUGGUCAUGGAAUAUAUACCGUCCAAUUUGAACAUGUUAAUCCAGAAGAAUAAUAAAAUUCGAAAAAAUUCUCGUUUAUCACUUCCACAUGGAGAUCUUUGUUCAUUAUCUUCUGUACCUGCCACCAAUCUAUUGACAAUCAAAUUAUGUAUGUAUCAAAUAUUUCGUGGUCUAGCCUACAUUCAUUCGCAAGGUAUCUGUCAUCGUGAUAUCAAACCAAACAAUCUUCUUUUCAAUCCUGAAACGGGUGUGCUCAAGAUAUGCGAUUUUGGAAGUGCCAAACAUUUACGUCGUGGCGAUUCUCAUGUAUCAUAUAUUUGUGCUCGUUUCUAUCGAGCUCCAGAAUUACUGUUCGGUGCUACCGACUAUACUGAAAAGAUAGAUCUUUGGUCGACUGGUGUUGUCUUUUCUGAACUGUUACUUGGUCAGCCAAUCUUUUACGAACAAAGUGGUCUGGAUCAAUUGGUUUGUAUUAUAUCGAAACUAGGCACGCCGACCAAAGAACAGAUUUUAGCCAUGAAUCCUAAAUAUGCACGUUAUCAGUUUCCUCAGGUGUAUCCUCGAUCCUGGCAGCUAUUGUUUCCUUGUGCUCCGACUGAUGCCCUAGAUCUCAUAUCGAAACUGUUUGCAUACGAUCCUUCACAUCGAAUUGCACCAUUAAAUGCUUGUGCACAUCAAUUUUUCGAUGAACUUCGUGAUCCAAACAAAAAAUGGUCCAAUCACGAUCUACCACCAUUAUUUGAUUUCACUCAGCAAGAGUUACGUAUCGAUUCUCGAAUCAACAAUCGUCUUUCUUGUUACAAAUCCAAAACAAACACUAACAUUGCCUAUCUACAGCAACCACCAAGGAUGUUUACUUCGAAUCCAAAUCCGGCAAUCACUGGUGGUGGUCCAUCAACAACAACAACUUUACAUCUUGGACCAUACAUGCAACCAAAACAUGUUGUCGAUCAUUUUGCAUCCAGUCAACAACAAUCAUUGAUUAUAGAACCAUCGCCAGGAACGCAGGUACCACAACGUUGUGAUGAUGAUUAAAAAUGUCUGUACAUAGAACAUUGUUGUCAGUAUCGUUUGCCCUUGUAUGCUUUCGGGUUUUUAUUUCCUUUCUCUUUUUUUCAAUAUUGAUGAAAUUAAUAAAUAUAUCGCGCACAUCUAUCUAUCUUAACCCGA